AUGAAUGAGAAUGAGUCGCAAACAGCUGGUAGCUUGGACUCAGAUGUGCUUCACAGAUCGUACCACAGCUUUCCCGGAUUUGUCACCGUCUUACUCAUCGUUGUUUCUCUAUGCUACAUUCUGCUCGGCAUUUUCGGCAAUGGUCUUCUCAUCGUCGCCGUCUUCACCGAAAAGAAACUUCGGACGCGCUGCAAUGUGUUUUUGGUAACGCUUGCUCUGGCGGAUAUUACGAUCCAAGGUUACGUGCUGCCCUUUUCCUUGUUCGACUACAUUUACGGCCGAUAUCCAGUCGGCGAAACAUUCUGUAAAGUGAACGCUUUUACGGUUUGCUACUGCUAUGGAUUGUCACUCUGGAGCUUAGCAUUUAUCGCCUUCAACCGUUUCGUGAAAAUCUGUCAUCCGCCGAAGUACAAUUUAUGGUUGUCUAGAAGGAACACAUGUCUCUGCGUCGCGAUUUUAUUCCUGAUCCCGGUGCCGAUGAACAUCGCCCCGUUUCUCGGGUUCGGCGAUAUGGGAUACGACGUCAUCCUGCACCUCUGCAGUUAUCUGCGAUCUGGCGGCCUGAUGUACAUUCUAAUGCAAAUGCUGGUCACUGUGUUUGUCCCUGCAGUACUUGUCUUGAUCUUCUACUCCAUGAUUUUCUACAAAAUGUUCACAGUGCGACAGAAGCUGAAGAGGGUAUUCCCGAAUCCCUCCGCCGAAUACAUCGUUAGUAAAUACAGUCGUCACGAUAUCACUGCAGCUUAUACCCUCCUUACCGUUUUCAUUCUGCUCGUCCUCUUGAUGUUACCUUACACUGUGACCACCCUGGGAGAUGUGCACAAUAACUGGGCCCCUGCUAUUCACAUUGCCUGUCUCUACCUCGCCUACACCAACAGCUGGAUAAACUGGAUUAUCUACGGCGUCAUGAACGUCAACAUACGGAAUACGUAUAGACGGUUGUUGUGUAAAAAGCGCAGAACGGAACAUCAACAAACGGAGCAAAUACAGACAGUGUCAGAAUUACAGAACAGGGCCCAGUUUCGCAAAAUCUCUCAACAUUACGAACUCGCAACUACCAUGACGACGUAA